UCAAGAACAGCUGGUAAUCGUUUACACAAAGUUCUCAUACUCAUUCAUCCAUAUUUUUCGUAGUACUCUCUCCCAGUCCUCCCAUCUGGCACUCCAAGCUCAUGUCCAUGUGUUGACGCUCUGUCACAUAUUUUCUUCCAUCUCACUGUAUUUACCGAGAUAUAAAACAUGCCGCCCAAAAAGGUUCAAGAACCAGAGAGAAAGCCUCUCAUUGGCCGAGUUGGAACUAAUUUGAAAGUUGGAAUUGUGGGAGUCCCCAAUGUUGGCAAAUCCACUUUCUUCAAUGUCCUCACCAAGAGCCAGGCGCCAGCUGAGAACUUCCCUUUCUGCACAAUUGAUCCCAAUGAGAGUCGCGUUCCUGUGCCAGAUGAGCGCUUUGACUACUUGGUGAAUUACUUCAAACCUGCCAGCAAGGUUCCAGCCUUCCUCAAUGUUGUGGACAUUGCCGGUUUGGUGAAGGGAGCAGCUGAGGGUCAGGGUCUUGGAAAUGCCUUCUUGUCCCACAUCAAGGCCUGUGAUGCUAUCUUCCACCUUUGCCGUGCGUUUGAUGAUGAAGAUGUCAUUCAUGUGGAGGGUGAUGUAAAUCCUGUACGUGAUUUGGAAAUUAUCAGUGAAGAACUGCGGCUCAAGGAUGAAGACUACCUGAACACAACUCUAGAGAAAAUGGAGAGGACUGUCAUCAGAGGAAAUGACAAGAAGGGAAAACCAGAAUAUGAUUGUCUUGUAAAAGUUAAGGAAACCUUAGUAACUGAGAAAAAGUGGAUCCGUGAAGGAGACUGGAGUGUUUCUGAUAUUGAAUAUUUGAACAAGCACAUGUUUAUUACUAGCAAGCCUGUGAUAUAUCUAGUGAAUCUUACUGAGAAGGAUUACAUCAAGAAAAAGAACAAGUGGCUCAUCAAGAUUAAGGAGUGGGUUGACAAGAACGAUCCUGGUGCACUACUCAUCCCAUUCUGUGGUACAUUUGAGCACAAAUUAGUUGAAAUGGAAGAUGUGGAACGGGAAGCCUUUUUAAAAGAGCAAGGCGCUACCAGUGUCCUGAGCAAAAUUAUUGUCAAUGGAUACAAGACCCUGCAGCUUGAAUAUUUCUUCACGGCUGGUCACGAUGAAGUAAAAGCAUGGACCAUUCAGAAAGGAACUAAGGCACCUGGAGCAGCUGGCAGAAUUCACACUGAUUUUGAGAAAGGGUUCAUUAUGGCUGAAGUAAUGAAAUUUGAUGAUUUUAAAGAAGAAGGUUCAGAAGCAGGAUGCAAAGCAGCAGGAAAGUACCGUCAGCAAGGCCGCAACUAUACAGUUGAGGAUGGUGACAUCAUUUUCUUCAAAUUCAAUGCUGGUGCUGGUCUUAAAGAUGCUAAAAAGAAGUGAGAUAGGUUUUUUUGCACCUACGAAAAUGACCCAAUUCAUGAAAUUAAUUUAAAGAUUGUUGUUAUUUUGUGUAUGUUUUCAACUAACUUAUUGUGUUGCCAAUUAUUGAUGUAAAUGAUGUAAUAUCUCACUCACAGCAGGACUGUAGCUUCUCAAAUUUGGUUUUUAAAGGCAUUGGUUCAAUCAGGAAUUAAGACAACAAAAUAAAUCUUUUUUAUUGCCCGA